AUGCUUCGCUCUCAGGUGCUUCUCGUGGCUCUGGGUUUGUCUGUGCUGCUGGUGCGGGUGAGCACGGCUCCAUACAGCGACAUGCUGACAGAAACACUGAGAGCAGACCUCACAAAUGACAAGGAUCUGACUCACUGGCUCUUGCUGAAGUUCAUGGCUGAACUGAUGGCGGCGAGAGGAGACGAGACGCGGCGAGGCAGGGAGGAGGUGACGAGGCGACACCUCUCUCUGUCCCAAAGAGAGCGCAAAGCAGGCUGCCGCAACUUCUUCUGGAAGACUUUCACCUCCUGUUAA